CAUUAAGUUAGAUUGAACUCCGGCUUCUGUGCCUGUCAAAUUAUUUGGCUAGCUAACGUUAGCUGGUUAGCCACCGGGAUGACACCCAGAGUAAUGUCGAGCAGCUGAGAGCAGUGAGGUUGAGAGUUACAUCCGGACACACGUUAACACCUCGAGUAAAGAAACACGUAGACAACACAGCAAACACGCAGCGGAUGGCCUCGGCAGUACGUGUGGUGGGACCUACAUAAAGAGAGGAACACCAAUCUGACCCUCUGAAUGAGUAAUGAAUUUAAACCCCUUCUGGAGCAUGUCUGCCAAUACAAGUCGCAAGCAGAGACCCGACAACGAGGAACAAAGCGGGCACGGGGAGCAGAGAGCCAGCCCAGCCCGGCUUUCCCUGGGCAAAAAGCAGCUUCCUCCCAUUCCAAAGAAUGCCACCCCCAUUACCAAGCCUGCUUCAUUGGGCACUCCAGCCCAGUCAGCCAAUGGCACACAUGCCUCCUAUGGCCCUUUUUACCUGGAGUACUCUCUACUGGCUGAGUUCACACUUGUGAUUAAGCAGAAACUCCCUGGAAUUUAUGUUCAACCAUCCUACAAGUCAGCACUAAUGUGGUUUGGGGUCAUAUUCAUCAGACAUGGCUUGUACCAGGAUGGAGUCUUCAAAUUCACUGUGUAUAUUCCAGAUAACUAUCCAGAUGGGGAGUGUCCUAAAUUAGUAUUUGACAUCCCAGUCUUCCACCCUCUUGUUGACCCUGUGUCUGGAGAGCUUGAUGUCAGAAGAGCUUUCACCAAAUGGAGACGAAAUCACAAUCACAUCUGGCAAGUCCUGAUGUACGCACGUACAAUUUUCUACAAGAUUAAUACCACAGAACCACUCAACCCAGAGGCUGCUGUGCUAUAUGAAAAGGAUGUGCAGCUGUUCAAAAGCAAAGUGGUGGAUAGUGUGAAACUAUGCAACAGUCAUCUUUUUGACCAACCCAAGAUAGAUGAUCCCUACGCAAUAAGUUUUUCUCCAUGGAACCCAGCUGUUCAUGAGGAAGCAAAAGAGCGCAUGUUCACAUGCAAAAGACGGCCUGAGGAUCACCACAAGGGAAUGCAGGUGUCGGGGCUGUCCUGGGUGAAGCCCGGAUCGACGCAGCCCUUCAGCAAAGACGACAGCCCUCCCCAGAGCUGAACCUGCACUGUCGCUUCAGUGGCCACUAGAGGGAAGCAUAAGCAUCAGAUGCCGUGCCACUGGCUUGCCCUCCGCUGUCUUAUGUGAACUGGAUUUCUAUGGAACAGUUGGGAGAACUUUAUAUUAAAUCUCCAUGUUAUUGCUCAGCUUUAAGCUUUGUAGGCAUCUCCUCAAACAGCUUUAGAAUAAGGAAACAAAGUUUGUAUCAUAUGUAAAUCGACAAAGACAAAUGGAUGUCUCAGCAACAUCAUUUAGGCUGUGAUGCAAUCAAAGAGCUUUCUCAUUUAGAUUUUCGGAUCCAUGCACACGUUGGGCUUGGUGAUAUCAUACUGUCCGAAAAGGAGCUGAAAAGUAUGAGCAAAGCAAUUUGUCUUCAUACAGUGAGUAAAAGUGGACUAUACCAUCUUCUACCACUUGUUGAAACUGGCUCAGGACUGUUUUAUUUGUCAGACUUGGAAUGUUUGUGGUCACAGGAGUGUGAGAGAAACUUCCUGAUUCACACCUCUCCCAAAACCCAAUUAGGUUGUUAUGUUUUAUAUUCGUUUCUUAUUGGAUGAUGAUUUCUUUUAAAUUCUACUGUCUGUCUUCUAUUGUCUUACAUAGUUCCUAAUAUAUACGAAGCAGAACAGGCAAAUGUGGUUUUAAAAUGAGAUACUAAAUGAGUAAGUUUGUAUUUUAUUUUGUCUGAUUUGAAUCAUUUUGAAUGUUUUAUGUACCUUUGGCUCUUGGUUAUUAAAGGUUUGAUGUGUAAGUAA